UGGACCAUCGUAUAAGUGACCUCAUUGUCACAACCCAUUGUAAAAGCCCAAGGUCCGUUAGCCAUUUCAACUCACCGACGGUUGUAUGUUCCUCUCUGGUUUGGUUAUAACUUCCAUUCUCUGGCCUCUUCUAAGGUCGUUCAGUACCCGCAUAACACAAACAGGGUUAGAGAGAAAGUCAGAUAGAGAGAGAACAUGAAUCUCGGUGGCGGAGGUGGUGGUUCCGGCGACGAUCUGUCGUCCUCCUCCGUCGUAUCUGAGUGGAGUCAUUCCUUGUCGCGGCGUUACCAGCACCUCCUUGACAAGUCGACGCCGCACGUUCUCAACCGUUGGAUCGCGUUCUCCGUCGUCGCCUUCAUCUACGCCGUACGCGUGUACCUCCUCGAAGGUUACUACAUCAUCACGUACGGACUCGGCAUCUACAUCCUACAGCUCUUCAUCUUGUUCCUCUCCCCUCAGGUUGAUCCUGAGAUCCAAGAACUCGCUGACGGGCCCACCCUCCCCACCCGCGGAUCCGACGAGUUUCGACCGUUCGUUCGCCGCCUUCCCGAGUUCAAGUUCUGGUAUUCAAUCACAAAAGCCUUUUGCUUGGCUUUUCUGUUGACGCUAUUCAGUAUGUUUGAUGUGCCUGUAUUUUGGCCAAUUCUAUUGUUCUAUUGGCUGGUGCUCUUCAUUUCAACAAUGAAAAGGCAGAUAAUGCACAUGAUCAAGUACAAAUAUGUACCCAUCUCUGUUGGCAAGCAGCGGUACACUGGAAAGAAAGUAAUCUCAGAGGAUGACACAAACAUUGUAUCAGCUUAAUGCUUCAGGUAGAUUGAAUAAUUUAAUACUGAAAACAUGCAUAUGUUUAGGCAACAAGUUCGUUUAGGGUAUUUACCAAAAAAAAAAAUUGUUUAGGGGACGACAUUCUUCAAGAUUCGGAUUUCUCUGAGGAUGUGGAGAACUGAUUAGUUCUAUGAUUCAUGUAUGAUAAUUUUCAGAUUUUGCUGGGAAAAGACUUGGGGUUUUCUUGUGGCGAGGGAUAAGCUGGUUCCCUAAGAGCCUAAUACUUGUUAUUAAUUUGUCCUUUUGAUAGGAUGCAGUUAUUCAAUUCUGGCUUACUGUAAGUGCUGACAAAAUGAAUUGCUCAGUGCAGUGUACUGACUGUAGAGUUUGCAAUGCAAAUUUGAAAUAUUUGUCAUUUGUUUCUGUGCUCC